GGCGGUGCGGGCGUCAUGGUCCACCUGCUGGCCUCCGAAGUGCGGCAGCUGCUCCACAACAAGUUCGUGGUUGUCCUGGGGGACUCGGUCCAGAGGGCUGUGUACAAGGAUCUGGUGCUCCUGCUGCAGAAGGACUGCCUGCUCACACUCAGGCAGCUCAAGGCCAAGGGGGAGCACACUUUCGAGCAGGAUGAGCUGGUGCAGGGGGGCCAGCAGGGCCACAUGCACAACGGCACCCACUACCGCGAGGUGCGCCAGUUCUGCUCCGGCCAGCACCUGGUGCGCUUCUACUUCCUGACGCGUGUGUACUCCGACUACCUGGAGGAUGUCCUCGAGGAGCUGCAGUCCGGCGAGCACCACCCGGACCUGGUCAUCAUGAACUCGUGCCUCUGGGACAUCACCAGGUACGGGGAGGACUUCUGGCCUAGUUACCGGCGGAACCUGGAGAGACUGUUCGGGCGCCUCCGCCAGGUGCUGUCCGAGUCAUGCCUCCUGGUGUGGAACACGGCCAUGCCCGUGGGCGACAAAAUCACCAGCCGCUUCGUCCCGCCCGAGGUCCAGUUCGCCUCCUCCUCCGUGAAAAUCAAUGUCAUCGAAGCCAAUUUCUACAGCUCUGCCGAGGCCCAAAAGCACGGCUUCGAUGUGCUGGACUUGCACUUCCACUUUCGCCGCCACACAGGGAAGUACCUGCAGACGGACGGAGUGCACUGGAACCAGUGCGCACACCGCCACCUCUCCCAGCUCCUGCUGGCCCACGUGGCCGACGCCUGGGGGGUAGAGCUGCCCCAGCGCGACCCAGUGGACAAGUGGAUCGCGGAUGGCCCUGGGAGAGGAAGACCUGGCCGGAGGCUUGAGAGGCAGCCCCUGGUCUGCAGAGAUCAGCCGGCCUGCCCUCUGCCCAGACCUUUGCCUCUCCCAGGGCGCCAAGCCCUGCUCCCCACGCCAUCUCCCCGCCCACCCCUGUUUCCACUCUUGUCCCCACAACGUCAUCCCAUCCCUUUACACCAGGUGAUGCCCCCAUUCCCAUUCUGUCCCCAGGAAACCUGUUUUUCUUCAGACCAUCCUUUCCAAUCCGAUCAAUUCUCCUUAAACUAUUUCCAUUCAGAUGUCCCCCCAUCUACCCAAACAGAAUUUGCCGUCCAAGGUGACUUUCAGUACUGUCCCCAGCCGCCUGUGCCCCGCUUCCCUCCACCCUGUUAUCAGCAGCGGGUCCCUGUGGUCCAUAGGGGUUUUCCCAGGUAUCAUGCCCCUGAUCCCUACAUGCCCUGGAGAAGGCGGCCUAAAACUUCCAAGAGAAGGGCCUCAGCCUAUAAAGAGCCAAGGCCUCAAUAG